AGUGGCGCGAAUAAACAAGUAGCUCUCCAAAUACACGCUGCUGUUUUGCUAGUAUAUGUCGUUUCGGUGUAUUUUACAGGUUAUUUAGUUUGACUAGUUGUACAUUUUAGUUUUAAAACUACAUUUCGCUGAAGAGAAGCAUUCGUGUCUGUUUUAUUUGGCGAAGAUAAACUAUGUCGGACUCUUUGUCUGACGACGGCAGCAUCAACCAAGAUGACAGCCAGGAGGACGUCAUGACUCCGGCCGAGCUGAUCGCCAAACUGGAAGAAGCUUGGCUGAACGAGAAGUUCAGCCCGGAGCUGCUGGAGAACAAGUCCGAGGUGGUGGAGUGUGUGAUGGAGCAGCUGACUCACAUGGAAAACAACUUGCAGCGGGUGAAGAAAGGCGAUGCGAAGGCCAGCGUCCAUCGCAUGGAAAUAGACAGGAUCCGCUUUGUUCUCAGCAGCUACCUGCGCUCUCGUCUGCAGAAGAUUGAAAAGUUUUUCCCGCAUGUCUUGGAGAAAGAAAAGUCUCGAGGUGAGGGAGAUCCAUCUCUGCUUUCGCCUGAAGAGUUUGCCUUUGCCAAAGAGUACUACGCUAACACAGAAACCUACCUGAAGGCUGUAGCGCUGAAGCGAAUGCCCCCCAACCUGCAGACUGUGGAUUUACUCAAAGCCGUGCCUGAGCCCUGCUUAGACUCCUUUGUGUUUCUGCGGGUGAAGGAGAGACAGGAAAACAUCUUGGUCGAGCCUGAAACAGACGAUCAGAGAGAGUACGUUGUGGAUCUAGAAGAAGGCUCUCAGCACCUAAUACGGUAUCGAACUAUAGCACCACUUGUUUCAAGCGGAGCCGUGCAGUUAAUUUGAAUGUCGAGAUCUAUCUGUUGCUGUGGAUGUUUUGGCUUCAGGGGAUCCUAAAAUGAACUUAUUUCUGAGACAUGGCUGCAACAAGGAAAGGGCAGUUCAACCUGCAGAGGUUACACCAGGAAACAUGUCCUCCUGCUUCACUGGUGUCUGGAAUAAGGACUAACAUGUGGGAUGCAAAUACAGAGACAUUUGUGGCACCAUUGCCUCAAAAAAUAGAAUUCAGUGGGAAAUAUUCAAACCAAAUAGGCCACUGAUAGUUAGCAGUGAAGCCUGUGAAUAACCCUGUUCACUGAAGUUGUUUUUGCAGUGCUGUGGCGUUAUUUUUGGAUCUUUUUAAUCAUGUCACAACAUAACUUUGGUUACAUAAUUGUAAUGUAUUCUGGUGUGUUUGUGUCUGUGCGACUGUCCAACACGACUCUGCCUAAUGUGCUAGUUCAUCGUUUUUUCCUGUUACUAUAUCCAAAUGACUCAUAUUAUUGGACGUUUUCUCUGCUGCUCAGUAACAAGAUGCAUCCUAUGACCUGAAGGUGAAAUUUCAUCAGUUCACUUGGCAUCACGGUGCCUACAAUCCCGAGGUGCACUAGCAAAUGUUUCACCGAAUGUUGUUUCAUUUGAUCGCUGUAAUUUAAUGACAUUCACCCUUAAACCAGUAAGCACUAAUGUCAUUAUUAAUAGCUUAUGUGCACGUCUUCACCUCAGCCGCCAAAUCCAGGGUUGUUUUUUUUUUUAUUUGCUUUUCAACGCCCCCGUCUUCACAAGUUUCUAGUGACUGUGUUUUAACCCUACGAGGAUGUGUGGAACAUUGUCUUCUCUGAGUUGUAAUUGUUGUAAGAGCAUUGUUAUGUAAGAGUUUCAGAUGGAGUAAUCAGUGCUUAUUAUUUGCCCUCAAAAAUUCCCCAGUAAUUGGAGCUAAUAAAGGAUUGAGAAAGAGUGGGCUUGGCGAAACUAA